AUCCCCGUCCGCUCAAAAGCAUUUUCGUCAUGAAAAUAUAAACACCCAAAAAUUAAAAACAAAAUUUGAUUCUUGAAUUCUUCUCUUCUCUCUCUCUGUGCUGGAAAGAGCGCACCAAGGUUGUUGAGAAAAAGAGCCAACACUUUCGGAACAAACCAAGCAAGCAAAGCAUCUCCGACUCCUGGCCGCCGACCACCAGCUCCGGUGGCCCACCGCAGCCUCCUCCGCUCCUCUCCACCGUUGAAAUUCAUCAGUUGAAUACAAAGCAUUCUGCUUCUGGGGGUCAUAAAAGAUGAUGAGCUCUUCUGAAGAGUCAGAGAAGAAUGCCAACUCAGUGCAUCAUGUGAGAGAAGACAGUGAAUAUGUUAGGCUGGUUAUAUCCAACGAAACAAACACGGUAGAAGCAGAUGUCUUGCAGACUCAUUCUGAAUCAUGGAUUAAAUCAUUUUCAUGGUGGAUUAAAGCCUUAGGCUGGUGCCUUGUCACCACUGUAUUGCUUCUGCUUUUCUUGAAAUGGGGUGUUCCGUUUCUUUUCGAAAAGGUUCUGUUGCCAAUAAUGCGAUGGGAAGCCACAGCCUUUGGCCGUCCGGUUCUUGCCAUUGUUCUUGUUGCUUCUCUGGCAUUGUUCCCUGUAUUAUUCAUCCCGUCUGGUCCUUCAAUGUGGUUGGCUGGCAUGAUUUUUGGUUAUGGCUUUGGAUUUGUUAUAAUCAUGGUUGGAACAACUAUUGGGAUGAUCCUGCCAUAUUUGAUUGGUCUGUAUUUCCGUGAGCGCAUUCAUCAAUGGUUAAAGAGAUGGCCUCGAGAAGCUGCAAUGAUCCGACUUGCUGGGGAAGGGAGUUGGCUACAUCAAUUUCGAGUGGUGGCUCUCUUUAGGGUUUCACCCUUCCCAUAUACAAUUUUCAACUAUGCGAUCGUGGUUACAAGUAUGAGAUUUUGGCCUUACUUGUGGGGAUCCAUUGCUGGGAUGGUGCCAGAAGCUUUUAUUUACAUCUACAGUGGUCGCUUAUUAAGGACAUUUGCAGAUAUCAAGUAUGGGAACUAUCACUUGACUACAGUGGAAAUUGUAUACAACACUCUAUCCUUAAUUGUUGCAAUUGUAACCACAGUUGCUUUUACCGUUUAUGCGAAAAAUGCUUUAAAUGAGCUGAAGAGGGCAGAAUCUAGUGGUGCGGAAGCUGUUGCUUCGGAUCAUAUCAGCUUACAGAUGGAGAAGCUUCCACUUGAAAAGCCACAUAUUUUUACUUUGUAGAAACCUAGGGUUCCACUUGGGAAUAUAUCAGGCAGAUAAUUGAAUUUACUGGUCACUCUAUUUUUUCCCUCAUUGGGGAGGAGUUGAAGUCUUAUGUUUUUUGUUAACCAUGUAAAGUAUGCAACAGACAAAAAAGUUAAAAUAGAAAUAUUGGCAAUAUCUUGUAUAAAGCUUUAGAAAAUUCGGAGCGUAGUAUGUGUUUGGGGAGGUAACAUACUUUUGUUUAGCUCAAUGCUUGGAGCACUAUUGUAUAUAGCAAUAAUCAAAUAAUACCAAAGCUCCUGUGUUCUUUCUUGUUUGUA